AAAACAUUAUAAAAUUGUGUUUUUCAAAUCGAGUCGUCGCAUCGAAACAUACAAACGUAACUGCUACAACAGUUGUUUGCUGCGGCAUUCUGACAUUACAUAAGUCUGGAUCGGUUCGCCAGGGGGAAGAGGUGGAGGACGCAUGGUUUAGGCCAGAAGAGCGAACAAAGCACAAAACGAAAGACUCAACAAAUAGCCAACGGCUUCUACUGACGUGUUCAAAAGUCGUUCAACUCGAUCGAGAACUCCACACGCGCUCUCUUCAUACGCUCUUCAAAGCGGUCUCUCUCACUCAUUCUCUCGCUGACGAAGCAAUCGAGGGAGCAGGUGAGGCAGCUGAGAGCGAACGUCAGCCGCGUGGCUAUAGCAACCAAACAGUUCUCGUCGAGCUCUCGCGGCUUUUGCUCUCAGUGUGACAUCUAAAGCCGCCAGGAAAGGGUCAAGUUCUUGCAUUCCAAGAGUUGUGCAAAAAUCCCAAAAUAUAAUAAAAAGAAACAUAAAAAUGAUGAAGCUGUUGUUGACAAUGCUGUUGGCAGCAUUCCAGGCCAGGCUUGGCUGGGCCAUCUCCUGCGGCGGCUGCGUCGACUUGGAUGAGAUCAACUUUGACAAGACAAUUGUGCGCUUUCCCUACGCGUUGGUCAAGUUCGACAUUGCAUUUCCCUAUGGCGAUAAGCAUGAGGCAUUCGGUGAGCUCUCCAAGGCAGCUCACAAGGUAACCGAUGAACUCCUGGUGGCCACCGUUGGCAUCAAAGACUACGGCGAGCUGGAGAACAAGGGAUUGGGCGAACGCUUCAAGGUGGACGAGAAACAAUUCCCGGGCAUAUUUCUGUUCAAGGGCAACCUAAAUGACUAUCUGCAAUUCCCAGCCCAUCUGGAUGUCACUCUCGACAAUCUGAAGAGUUUUGUGAGCAGCAAUACGCCCCUCUACAUUGGUCGCGAUGGCUGCCUAAAGCAGUUCAACGAUGCCCUCAAAAACUAUGCCAACAAGGAUAGCAAAGAACAGCUGGAGCUGAUUGAGAAGAUGCUUGCAGAGCAGCAGAAGCUGAAAAAACCACAGGAGCAGACGAAUGCCAAGGUGUAUAUCGUUUACAUGAGGAAAAUCAAUGAACAUGGCUAUGUCUUUGUCGAGGAGGAGACCAAGCGUCUGCUGCGUCUCAAGGCCGGCAAGGUUACGACUGCCAAGAAGGAGGAACUGCAGCUGAAGCUCAACAUUCUGGAGGCAUUCCGCGUCUCGAAGUUGACCAAAGGGGACGCUGAGAAGAAGGAGAAGGCAGAGCUUUAAGUGUAUGCUGUAAUUUCUAUAGAAAAAUCAACCAAAAUCCAUAAUUAUAAUUCUAAAAUAGGCAAAAAGCAAUUGUACAUUAAACCUAACUGUUACCC